AUGUUAUUAACAGAUGGUUUACUUGAACAAAAUAUUAGAAAACACUUUAAUGAUGCUCAAAUAUCAACAGCAGCUCACCGGAAGUUAGUUAAUUCAUUAUUACAUAUACAUGAAGAACAAGCAGAAAAGAAGGGAUUAGAAGGAGAAAUAGAGUUUACUAAGGAAUUCUUAAGAAAUAUAUUUAAAAUUAUACCUUUAAAGAAAAAAGAACCAGCAGUAGAUCGUAUUAUUAAGUUUUGUGCACAUUAUAUUCAACAUAUUCAAGAAAAAAAAUCAGAGACGUACAAGCAAAACGGGGAUGAAUUAGAAGAAACAAUAACAUCUAGAUUGAUAAGAAGCUUAUUUGAUCAUUUAUUACCGGGAUUAGAGUCCAAAGAUAAAUAUGUUAGACUUAGAAUAUGUCAAAUUAUUACGUUGGUUAUAAACUGUAUGGAGGAGAUUGAUGAUGAUUUAUUUCAAUUAUUGAAAAAAGCUCUUGAAAAAAGAUUAAGAGACAAAGAACCGUCUAUUAGAGUGCAAGCAGUGAUAGCGGCAUCACGUUUUCAAAAUUCAGAUGAAGAUGUGAAUAAUGAUAGUAUUAAGAAGAUUUUUUUACAUCUUAUACAACAUGAUUCAAAUGCAGAAGUAAGGCGUUCAGUGAUUUUGAAUCUUGAAAAGAGUGUAGAAACAUUGCCUUUUAUCAUUGAAAGAGCUCGUGAUGUUGAUAGUAUAAAUCGCAGAACUAUUUUUUCUAGAACUCUUCCAGAAAUGGGUGAUUUUAGACAACUUAGUAUAGGUAAACGAGAAAAAAUUCUGAAAUGGGGGAUAAAGGAUAGAAAUGAUCAAGUUAAGAAAGCAGCAACAAAAAUGUUUUCUACGAUAUGGAUUGAACAUGUGAAUAAUAAUCUUCUUGAAUUAUUGGAGAGAUUGGAUGUUAUAAAUAGCAAAAUUGCAGAGGAUGCCAUGAGUAGCUUUUUUUCUAUGAGAAUUGAUGUUGUCAAAACUAUAACAUUUGAUAGUGAUUUUUGGGAAAAUAUUACACCUGAAUCUGCUUUUUUAGUUAGAUGCUGGAAUGACUUUUGCAUUAAAGAAGGAUAUACUCAUCUUUUAGAAGAAAAGAUUCCAGAAAUAUCAAAGCAAGCAUUAUAUAUAGAAAAAAUAUUAGAGAAUUUUGAAGAUAAUACUGAUGAAAAUAAACAAGAGUUAGAAUUUAUACUUGAACAAUUUUUACUUAUUAUAAAAACAACUGAUUUUAGUGAUGAGAUGGGAAGAAAAAAGAUAUUUAAUAUUCUGCAAAAUAAUAUUCCCAAUUUUGUUUUUUCUGAAAAUCUCAUUACUCAUAUGGUGGAAGUUUUUCAGAAAACAGUGUCAGACGAGCGUACUUAUGCUAAACUUUUAAUGGAAAUCAUAUUGGAUCUUUAUGAUUCCUUAGAUAUACGAACAAAUAAAAAUAAAGACAACAAAGAUGAUGUUAGAUCAGAAGAUUCAUUUGUUUCUGCAGUAUCUAAUCAAGAUAAUCCUUCUUUGUAUAUAUCAAUUGAUUCUAUAAUUACAGCAGAAACAGAGGUAUCUAGCGAAAGUCAUAAAACACUUAUUAUUUUUAGAUGUCUUCAUCUUACUCAAGUUAUGCUUGAGAAUAUUGAAAAAAAUCUUCAAAACAAUUUCGAAUUCAUUGAAAUACUUCAUAAUCUAAUUAUACCAUCUGUAAGAAGUCAUAAUGCUGCUAUUAGGGAAAAAGGUCUUCGAUGUUUAGGAUUAUAUUGUUUAUUAGAUAAAAAACUUGCUAAAGAAAAUUUGGCUUUAUUUUGUCAUUGUUUAGUAAAAGGUCAUGAUUCUUUGCAAAUUGAAGCAAUAAAAAUCAUAACUGACAUAUUUAUGUGUUAUAAAUAUGAUGUUUUUGAUGACUCUUCUACAGAUUUACACUCAAUUCAAUUGUUAUAUGAACAAAUAUUACAAAACACAUCGAAUUCAGAUAUCAUGGCAACUACUGUAGAAGCCGUUGCAAAAUUAAUGCUAAUAUCUUUCUUUGAUGAUCCAAAGCUACUUAAAACUCUCAUUAUCUUAUAUUUUCAUCCUGAAACCUCUUCUAAUUCACAUUUGCGUCAAAUUCUUGCUUAUUUCAUUCCUGCUUAUUCUUAUUCUUUACCAAAAAAUCAAUUCUCUCUCCAAAAAAUUUUCGUACCUACUUUACAUGACUUAUCUCAAAUCUUCGAAAAUUUUGAUGACACUGAAUCUAUUUCCUUCUCACAAAUAGCUCUUCAAAUGAUGGAUUGGAUCGAUCCAAAAAAACUCGUCAAUUCUCAUCUAUCUAAUAAUCUUUCUUCCUCUUAUACUAAAACAAAUGAAAAUAUUUAUUUAUCUCUAGCAAACGACAUAUGUACUCAAAUUUCCGCUUCUUAUAACAAAGAAAAAAGAACUCUUUCUUCCCUACUAAAUAAACUUCAUAUCACUCAUGCUUCUGAUCAACAAUUGGCUCUUUCAAUUCAUUCAACAAUAAACUCCAUUCUUAUGGUAACCUUUUAA